AUGAGAAUUAUAAGUUCAUUAAUUCAGCAGCACCAACAACAACACCUACAAAAUCACCAAUAUCAACAACACCAGCAGCAACAACAACAACAAUUACAUUCAUUCUUAUCACGUUUACACACGGCAGCAACAAAUUGCGAAAACAACAACAGCAACAACAACUCCACAACAAAUGUUUGCACUUUUCGCAAUUUCAGCGAUACAACACCAAGUGAAUCCCACAAUUUGACACCAUCGCCAAUUUUUACGGAUUACGAUGAGAACAGUUUAAGCUCCGAGGAACAUGUCUUGGCACCUCUGGUCUGUGCCAAUGCUCAAUCGUCGCGACCCUGUCUAACGUGGGCCUGUAAGGCGUGCAAAAAGAAAAGCGUUGCCGUGGACCGCCGGAAAGCGGCUACUAUGCGUGAACGCAGACGUCUGAGGAAGGUUAAUGAGGCUUUUGAAUUGUUGAAAAGACGCACUUCCUCAAAUCCCAAUCAAAGAUUGCCGAAAGUUGAAAUACUACGAAAUGCCAUUGAAUAUAUUGAAAGUUUAGAGGAUCUAUUGCAGGAAUCAUCGCCGAUUCGUUCAAUGGAUAAUAUAACCGAUUCAAUAAGUGGGAAAUCAUGCCAUCAGGACUACUUGAAUUCUUAUACAGGUGCGUAUCUCUGUGACAGAUUGAAUUUCUACCAGCGUAGUACAUGCGACACAUUUCAAGAUUCAUACGAUUCAUCAUCGUCACCGAAUGGUUCAAGUUUAGAUUGUCUCAAUUUGAUUGUGCAGAACAUCAACAAAUGUACGACGACAAUGAGUGGCAGUAAGACAGCAACGACAGCGACUGCAACAACUUCACCAACAAAUUUACAUGGAGCAACAACAUAUCAGACAAAUAACAACAACAACAGCAAUAACUUACGUGUCAAUGGCAACAACAACACCAAUAACAACAUGCCAAAUAGGCACGCAAUUUCCAGUAACAAUAUUUUCAAUAGUAUUACAGUUAGCGGAGGAGGAGGAGGUGGUGGCGAAAACACACGGCUAGGAGGACAUCAUGGAUCACCAACAACAGCAUCAACCAUGUCAACAACAACAACGACAGUCCCAACACCCCAUUCAUCAUUGAAUGCAACAUUUAAACAAAAAUGUACCACAUGA